UUUGAGUCGUCACACAAAUACUAAUAAAUAAUAACGCUUUUUCCCUCUCAAUAAUCGACAUCUUUUUCUUUCAUCAGUUCGUUGUUUGGAGUGAAUAAAGCAGCUUCUGUAACUCCGUCAUCUUCUUCUUCCUUAGAAUCUCUCGUUUUAAGUAUAAACCCUGCAUUGCUUCCACCACCACCUCGUUUUCCUCACCACCCCCUAUAUAAACAGUUUUCUUCGGUUAAUUGCUGCAGGGAGGGUAAUCUGAAUCACGCUCACUUUCAUUUCGAAAAUAGAAGACAAUGGCUACUGAAGUAUAUCACCGGGCUUUGGGGACUUUUCAAUCCCGUUCCUAUCUCAACAAUUUUAGUCAUCAACAAAAGCUUCGGAACAAUUUAGUAAGAGUGGUGACAAAGGAUAAUCGCUCUGGCAAGAAGAAUUUUAGUGUAAUUCGAUCUUCAGCUUCUCAAACUUCAGUGGUUGAUACAGUGUUAUCCCCUUCAAGAAGCAAUACUAGUGACACUAACAAAAAAUCAAAUGAGGCUGCUUUGAUCCUUAUUCGACAUGGUGAGUCAUUGUGGAAUGAAAAGAACUUAUUCACAGGUUGUGUUGAUGUCCCACUGAGCAAGAAGGGCAUAGACGAGGCAAUUGAAGCUGGCAAAAGAAUUAGCAGUAUUCCUGUGGAUGUCAUAUUUACAUCUGCUUUAAUUCGUGCACAAAUGACAGCCAUGCUUGCCAUGACACAGCAUCGUCGUAGGAAGGUGCCUAUCAUAAUGCACAAUGAGAGUGAACAAGCAAGGGAAUGGAGUCAAGUUUUUAGUGAAGAAACAAAAAAACGAUCGAUUCCAGUCAUAGCAUCUUGGCAACUAAAUGAAAGAAUGUAUGGGGAGCUACAGGGUCUCAAUAAGCAAGAAACAGCAGAUAAAUAUGGGAAAGAACAAGUCCAUGAGUGGCGCCGAAGUUAUGACAUACCUCCUCCAAAUGGUGAAAGCUUGGAAAUGUGUGCUCAAAGGGCAGUGGCCUAUUUUAGAGACCAAAUUGAACCUCAACUUUUAUCUGGAAAGAAUGUUAUGAUUGCAGCCCACGGGAAUUCACUGAGAUCUAUUAUCAUGUAUCUUGACAAAUUAACUUCCCAAGAGGUUAUUAGUUUAGAAUUGUCAACUGGAAUUCCAAUGCUUUAUAUUUUCAAAGAAGGAAGAUUCAUGAGGAGGGGGAGUCCCACAGGACCAACUGAAGCUGGAGUUUAUGCCUAUACUAGGGGUUUGGCUCUUUACAGGCAGAGGUUGGAUGAUAUGUUCCAAUAAUGUUUUUUAGGGAAUACAUCAUGCAUUAAUCAGCAGCAUUAUAGUAAAGUCACAUAAUAAGGGGAAAAACUAGAUGUUAUCAAUAUUAUAAUUAGAUACCAUGAAAAUUUGAGCAUGCCCCGUAGCUUGAUUCUUUGGAUAUUUAGCAGAGUUUCGAACUGGUGGGUUGGAAUACCAGCUCCCCUCUUCAGCAUUGUUCUCAUAUGGUGAAGGAGUAGAUGCUUCCAUGUGCCUAUUGUAGAUGAAUCAUUGAAUCUUAUAGAAAUGCU